CAUUUAAAGGGGGAGAUGGCCGUCACGUGGUCAUGUCAGCUUCCUGUUUACCGCCUGUUGUACCUUCAGACUGUAGUACACAGAUUGCAACAGCACUCUCCUCUGCUGGCGCCUUCACCCACAACAACAUAUAUGCAGCAGUGAGACCCUGCAGCCACAGGGUUGACUACUGUAUACAUUUAAUCCGUUUAUCAGCAUGCUCGUUGUUACUAAGGAGACAUGAAGACGUGACAUUGAGGAAACGUGAGCAGGCCCGGGAGGAUCCUGGAGAUUUCCUGACUCCAGCUGACCGGAGUUCAGUUAGGUGGCUCAGAGAGUCGGUGGUCUCUUCAGCAGAUGUCACAAACGGAAUCAAAACAGUCGUGAUGUGGAGGACUAUAGAUGUCUGAUACUGUCUCGGAUGGGUAUACGAGGGGUUUAAAUUAGUGGAAACGACCGACUUACGCCCGAGAAGCUGAACUAGCCUGUUAGCAGGUGGUGCUAACUGUGGUAGCCGCAGCAGCAGCAGCCGCCGUGGUGUGAGUGGCUGGCUGUGCGGGCUGGCUACGGGUUUGGGUUCGGAGAGUGGAGCAGCUCGCCGGUGCCCUGAAUUCAGGAAGAGUCCCCGGCUCUGGCCCCCUCAAGCGGGCAGUCAGGAAGAAGCUGGCUGGGAAGGGAUGGCCUGGUCGGUCUUCCCGUUCCAAAGGACAAGGCUCUGCGGUGUUUGAAGGAGGUCGAGUUCGGCUAGAGGCCACCACCGCGGGUCGAGGCGUUAUGAUGGCCGCCUCCCCCUCCGCAGCCGGCGGCUUCACGGCCUCCGGUCUGUCGGCGAGAAAGAGCGAGGAAAUAGCGGAUUUGAUAGAUUUGUUUUCCAAGAUGCAGUACAGAGCAAAGGAAGUGACUCCUCGGGUGGAGGCGAUAGAGAAGCGUUGUCUGGAGUUAUUUGCCAGAGAUUACAAGUACAGUAUCAUCCACAAUGCCAAUGGAGAAGUGUGUGGCCAUUACCCUCGGCAGAUCGUUUUCCUGGAGUAUGAAUGCACAGAUAUCGAGAGAGACAGGUUUGAGAGCACAGUGCAGAUCAGUAAGCUGCAGGACCUGGUGAACCGGAGCAAGCUGGCUCGCUGCAGAGGGAGGUUCGUCUGUCCCGUCAUCCUCUACAACGGCAAGCAUAUAUGCCGGUCGUCCACUCUGGCAGGAUGGGGGGAACUGUAUGGACGCACGGGCUACAACUACAUCUUCUCAGGGGGCAGUGACGACACGUGGACGGAGUCUGAGGAGGUUCCAGAGGAUGACAGUGCAGUCAGGAAUGGAGACUCACAGCUUUUUGACAAGGUUCGAGGCCACGACAUUAAGCUGCUGCGUUACCUCUCGGUUCGCUACAUCUGUGACCUGAUGGUGGAGAACAAGAAGGUUAAGUUUGGCCUAAAUGUGACAUCCUCUGAGAAGGCGGACAAGGCUCAACGCUAUGCAGACUUUACCUUGCUCUCUGUGCCUUACCCAGGGUGUGAGUUUUUUAAGGACUACAAAGACAGAGACUACACAGCAGAGGGUCUGGUCUUCAACUGGAAUCAGGACUAUGUGGACGCUCCUUUGACAAUCCCUGUGUGCUUUAAUCAGAACUUGAACAUUGACUGGACUCAAUACCAGUCGUGGGACCUGGUGGAGCAGACCCAGAACUACCUGAAGCUGCUCCUCCACAUCAUCAACAGUGAUGAUGAGAGCGGCCUCCUGGUGCACUGCAUAUCAGGCUGGGACCGAACGCCUCUGUUCGUGUCCCUCCUCAGGCUCUCUCUGUGGGCAGACGGCGCAGUGCACGCCAGCCUGGAGCCGGCCCAGAUCCUGUACCUGACCAUCGCUUACGACUGGUUCCUCUUCGGUCACAUGCUGCCAGAUCGACUCUCCAAAGGGGAGGAGAUUUUCUUUUUUUGCUUCAAUUUUUUGAAGCACAUUGUCUCAGAGAAGUUCUCUGCUGUUAAGAAACAGAGAAGGAAGAACUCCCACUUCAAAGACAGUGAUUUCACUGUGGAAGACCUCUGCCAGUUAAAGUCAAAGGAUCGCGGCAGUGUGACCAGUCUGAGCAGCGAGUUCUCCCUCAUCACUGAGGAGGCAGGUGGUGCCUCCAGCCUCACCAACGACACUGUGGACCUGUUCUCCAGCCAACCCCAGGCCUCCAGCUGGAGAAAAGGUACCACCUCCUCUCCUCAGAUGGUUGUUUGGAAUAAACAGAACCCUCUGGAAGAGCACCUCUCCCAUCCACUCAACGAGGCCAGGUCUUCCAGCUCGUCCUCCUCCAACCAAUCAGAACACGGCGUCACACGCACUGGCAGCAGCCCAUUGGCUGUCCCCGGGAGGAGGUUAGCAGCAGACUACGCUCGGUCCGGUUCCUCCCUUUCCACAGAGUACGGGAGCUGGCAGAUAGUUUCAGGCUGUGGCAGCAUCCACGACCACGCUCAUUUCCCUCCACCUCUGGCCUCAGCCUCCUCCACCUCAUCUGCUGUCGCUGCUGCCUACGACUCCCCCCUGCCCUUCAGUUUUCAGGAUGAAGGACCCAGCGGACGGAUGUGUCCCUUCCCCUCUGAGCGCCAGGCCCGUCUGGAGGCGGUGCGGGAAGUCUUCCUGGCGGCAUACAGCUCCACCGUGGGCCUCAAGUCCUCGGCACCCAGCCCCUCCGGCGCCAUCUCCGGCCUACUGGAGCAGUUCGCCCGCGGGGUUGGCCUCCGGAGCACCAACGCCAUCGUUUGAACCCUCUCAAUGUGACAUCAGACCCUCCUUCUGCUUCCAUCCAUCCAUCCACAGCUGAUUCAACAUGUCUGGACUCAGUACAAUAAAGUGCCAAACAUCUCUGUUCAGUUCAGGGGUGGAGCAUUCUUUUCUUUGUGAAUUUUGAUUGGUUCUUAAAUGUACAUGCCCGGUUUAGAUUUUUUUUUUUUCUGGACUUUGACUCAGUGUUGAGUUAAUCGGUCACAUUUAGGGAGGGAAAUGGUUUCAGCCACAGAAUCAAAAAGGGAUAAUGAAAUGUAAAUGGUUGAAAAAUGAUAGUGUGCAUCUGCUCCAGGCAAAAUCUAAAGAAUACUUCCUUCCUCUGUUCUUCCUUAAUGUUUUAAAGAGUCCCAGCGACCGUCCCGUGUACAGGAAGCGAUGUGUUUUUAGUUCUCUCAUUUGUGCUGCUACUCUUAAGUGAUCCAAGCAGAGCAAAGUUCUUUUUAUUCAGGUGGAGUUUGACGAUGACAUAAAUCCGGCACUUAGUGUGUUCUGACAGAAAGGGAGGCAAGUUUAGUUUUUUUGUGUGUGUUCUCAUUUGGCACAGUAGAUUGAAAUCACAAUAUCUGAUCAGUUUUAGAACGCGCAGCUUUGGAGUCUAGACCUCAAGAAAGAGGUAGAAUUUUUGUGUCUUAAUGUAACACUCACAUGCUGUAUGUAUGCUGUAUGAGUUAUUGACAGCUGUGAUUAUUCCUUCUGUCUGACUACACUGUAUGAGUUUAGGAACGAAAAGGUUGAUUUAGUGCCCAUGGUUUGUGGUUACAUCAUAUUCUGUGACUUGAUGAAGACUUUCAGUCUUGGCACAAUCCCUUUGAGUUCAAACCCUGCCUAUUUUCUCACCUCCGUCACUCUUGAUCAGUCACAGCAGGAAGUGAUAGGAUGUGUCGGUUUCAGAAAGUCACAGAAAGUGCCCAACAAGGUGCCCAAAUCUGACUAAUGAGAGCUGUGGAAGGAGAGGGUUUCAUGUGCCGUACCAUGAUCCAAUGAGCACUUAGUUUGGAACAAACUCAGACCUUCAGCUUCAGCGUGAACUCAAGUACACAAACUAGUUUGUACAAGUUGUCCAUGAGGCAAACAAGUAUCUAGUUGCUAAGAAUGGUGACGCUUGAAAAUCAGUCAUCAUAGAGGUGUAACUUUCUGAGCUUAUUGUUUGCAGUGUAGUCAGAGUCAUGAUGUUCUCUCUUCACAGCCAGCGUGGACAGAAAGGGAUGAUCACAGCGAUUAGCAGCUGUUUCAGUGCACACAUGGCAUGUCAGAAAACAAAUGUGAUCCUAUCCUUCAACUCAAAACCUUUCAAGUUAUAUGUGAUAUUUUCUUCAUCUUUAUAAAAUAUGAUCUAUGAUAUGAUAAACAUCUACAGUGACUGUUCCUGAACGGCCUCCAUUAGCUCAGUUUGUGUAAAUCAUAAUAUCCAGGCAACGAUCUUCACCUCGCCAGUCUAAUGUCUCCUACUUGAGUGCAUAUCUAGUCGUUUCUUCUUCUCUUUCUUCAGUAGCACUGACAUGGUAGCACAAGAGGCACUGAGCAUUGUGGUAGCAAAUCUGUGAACCGAAUGCCUUUUUCAACGUUCUUUCUGGUCGGACUCCGGUGAAGCGAGGUCUGCAUGUUUCCUGCCUGUGCCGAGAUUUCCUGCCCAGCUGUCGUCACACAGCUAUUGUUCAAAAACACGUGCACCUCCUUUCAGGUCGCACUUGGACAGACAUUUCUACCUGGGCCGCUCUCAGCUUUACGUCAUUUUCUUCAGAGAAUUCUGUCAAGAGGCUUUAUUUGAAAGUAGCUUGUCGGUGUUGCCAAACGGUUUUGAUGGCUGCUGUACCUCAGGACCUUUUGUUGUGCCUUUUUUUUUUUUUUAUUAUAUAAUUAUAUUAUAUAUAUUAUAUAUAUAUAUAUAUAUAUAUAUAAUAUUUGGUAACACUGAAUCAGAGCUUCUGGUCCAGUUUCAGGUGUAUUUCCGUUACUUAAAUGGUUUUGAGAGCUUGGGGUGUUUGCAGCUGAUUGUUCAUGAAGGUUUUGACUGUAGAGCAUUGGAGAUCGCUUUGGAAUAAAGCUGCUGGGGUUGCCCUUUUAUCACUCACUUGGUUGCGGGACUGCAAGUCUUUUUUUGUUGUUGUACAGUAACAUUUAGCUGUUGAGUCUUAUGUUCUCCCCUGAUGAGGUUGUUGAGAUGGGAUUUCAGUCACAUUUGUCAUUCACCGUCAGAUUUAAUAUGCAGAUUUUCAUUUCUGCGUUUGAAAAAAAAAAAGAUUUUUAUUGAUUUUAAGGAAAUAUUCAAAUAAUAUUUUAGAGAAAUAACAUUUAUUUACUUUCAUCUUUCAUGUGGUGAGAUGAUUUUCACCUUCAUCAUGUCAGCUGUUGAAUACUGAGCUUGAGCAGGACCUGUUUAGCCUAGAAUAGCAUACAGACUGGGUUCAAGUUAAAGGGUUAAACAAACAAACAAACGAGAUCCAAGUUGGUGUUAGGUGAAUUUUUCAGAUUUUACAUGCCAGCUGUUUCCCCGUGUUUCCAGUCUUUAAUCCAGGUUAGGCUGACAUGAUAUCGGUUUUCACCCCUCACUCGUUUUUUGAAAAAUCACAUUGCCCAAAAGGUUUAUUUCAUGUGAGCACAUCUAAAAGUUAGAUCCCCCCCCCCCCCGACACAAAGUGGCAGGAGAGUGAUCUGUCCGGCUUUAUUUCAGACUCUGGGGCACGGCCUCAUCUCCCUGUCACGUCUUAAGCUUCUGUUUUAAGAAAUCUUUUAAUUCAGUCGAUGUUUCAUAUCAUUUGUUUUUAUUUUUGCAUAGUUUCUAUUGUCUGCCUGUAGCAGGCACAUGCAAAAGUAUUAUUGUCAUUUUCCAAUGGCAGAAAAUGAUCAUUGUAAGAAAAAAAGUCUCCACACAUUAUUAUUUUCUGACUCUGUCACUGGUUCUGCAUGACGGCCUCCAUGUUUAUCUCUGCAGCAUAUAUGUUUUUAUUUGUUUUACAAAUUCAUUUUUAUUUCAGAAUCUUUUAUUGAAAUGCUGCAUUGCACUCAGCCUGGUGUUCUCUGUGAAAGGAGUUUUUCUUCUUUGUACAGUUGAUGCAUUUUUAAGUAAUUCUACUUUUUUGUUUUCUUAAUUGUCAGCGGGCAGCAAGUUACAAUGAAAGGUGAACUGAGCAGCAGGUGGCUAUUGUGAAUAAAUGAGAAGAAAAGAAUA